AUGUGUGCGCAGUGUGGCGCAGAGCCCAUCAGCGGGAUCAACUGGGCCAGGAGAGAGAGAGGAUAUCCUGUCGCCUGGGCGCCGUAUCCGGGGAAGUCGGUAACAGCAAUUAUGGGGCACUCACGACGUCCUGUUGGCGGAGAAAAGAAGAGUCGAGGCUUCGGUCGGUCCAAGGCGGCCGCCGAUGUGGGCGAUGGGCGACAAGCGGGCAAGCCGCAAGUGAAGAAGGCGGUGUUCGAGAGCACAAAGAAGAAGGAGAUCGGUGUUUCGGAUCUUACAUUGCUCAGCAAGAUCUCCAACGAGGCGAUCAACGACAAUCUGAAGCUGCGAUUUGAACAUGAUGAGAUCUAUACAUAUAUUGGACAUGUGUUGGUGUCCGUCAACCCGUUUCGAGAUUUGGGUAUAUACACCGAUAAUGUCCUCGAGUCUUAUCGAGGCAAGAACCGACUCGAGGUGCCGCCUCACGUCUUUGCGGUUGCGGAGUCCGCCUACUACAACAUGAAGUCGUACAAAGAUAACCAGUGUGUGAUCAUUUCCGGAGAGUCGGGCGCAGGAAAGACGGAAGCUGCGAAGCGCAUCAUGCAGUACAUCGCUAGCGUAUCCGGAGGAACCGACUCGUCCAUUCAACAGAUCAAGGAGAUGGUGCUGGCUACCAACCCGCUGCUCGAAUCGUUCGGUAACGCGAAGACCCUGCGCAACAACAACUCCUCGCGAUUCGGGAAAUACCUGGAAUUGGAGUUCAACACCAACGGUGAGCCCGUGGGUGCCAACAUCACCAACUACCUGCUAGAGAAGUCCAGAGUAGUAGGACAGAUCACGAACGAGCGAAACUUCCAUAUCUUCUAUCAGUUUACAAAAGCCGCGCCGCAAAAGUAUAGAGAUAUGUUCGGUAUCCAGCAGCCGCAAUCCUACCUUUACACGAGCCGAUCGAAAUGUUACGAUGUUCCGGGCAUUGACGACUCUGCCGAGUUCCGCGAUACUGUCAAUGCGAUGAACGUCAUCGGUAUGACGGAAAGCGAGCAGGAUAAUGUUUUCCGUAUGCUAGCCGCCAUAUUGUGGAUUGGCAACGUCCAGUUCGCCGAGGACGAUUCCGGCAACGCCGCUAUCACAGACCAGUCAGUGGUCGAUUUCAUCGCAUAUCUGUUGGAGGUCGAUGCUGCUCAAGUGAACAAGGCUUUCACCAUUCGCGUGAUGGAGACGGCCCGUGGCGGCCGCAGAGGAUCCAUCUACGAGGUUCCACUGAACACUGUCCAGGCUCUCGCCGUUCGUGAUGCGCUGGCGAAGGCCAUCUACUUCAAUCUAUUCGACUGGAUUGUGCAGCGUGUCAACUCCUCCUUGGCUGCCCGCGGAGAGAUUGCAAACUCGAUUGGAAUCCUGGAUAUCUACGGCUUCGAGAUCUUCGAGAAGAAUUCUUUCGAACAGCUUUGUAUCAACUAUGUUAACGAGAAGCUGCAGCAGAUUUUUAUCCAAUUGACGCUCAAGGCCGAACAGGAUGAGUAUGCUCGUGAGCAGAUUCAGUGGACCCCCAUCAAGUACUUUGACAACAAGGUUGUGUGCUCGCUCAUCGAAGAUAAACGCCCACCUGGUGUCUUCGCCGCUCUGAACGACGCCUGUGCCACUGCGCACGCCGAUUCCGGUGCUGCAGACAACACUUUUGUUGGCAGAUUGAACUUCCUUUCUCAGAAUCCAAACUUCGAGAACCGCCAGGGCCAGUUCAUUGUGAAGCAUUAUGCCGGUGAUGUCAGCUACGCUGUUACCGGAAUGACGGACAAGAACAAGGAUCAGCUCUUGAAAGAUCUCCUGAACCUUGUUGGGUCAAGUGGCAACCAGUUUGUCCACACUCUCUUCCCGGAGCAAGUCAACCAGGAUGACAAGAGACGGCCACCCACCGCAAGCGACAAGAUCAAGGCCUCCGCCAACGAUUUGGUAGCGACCUUGAUGAAGGCGCAGCCGUCAUACAUUCGAACGAUCAAGCCAAACGAUAACAAGGCGCCCAGGGAGUAUAAUGUUGGUAACGUUCUGCAUCAGAUCAAGUACCUGGGUCUACAGGAAAACGUUCGAAUCAGGCGCGCUGGUUUCGCCUAUCGCCAGACCUUCGACAAGUUCGUGGAACGUUUCUACCUCCUGUCGCCCAAAACCUCCUACGCGGGUGACUACACCUGGACAGGCAGUGCAGAAUCGGGUGCUCGUCAGAUCUUGAAGGAUACCAGUAUCCCCGCCGAGGAGUACCAGAUGGGUAUCACAAAGGUGUUUGUCAAGACUCCCGAGACACUCUUCGCAUUGGAGGCGAUGCGUGACCGCUACUGGCACAACAUGGCCAUUCGGAUCCAGCGCGCGUGGCGAAACUAUCUACGUUACCGUAUCGAGUGUGCCACCCGCAUUCAACGCUUCUGGCGCCGUACGACCGGUGGUCUUGAAUUCAUCAAACUGCGUGACCAGGGACACCAGCUGCUGAAUGGCCGCAAAGAGCGCCGUAGAAUGAGUUUGCUUGGCUCACGUCGAUUCCUCGGCGAUUACAUUGGAGUCGGCAACAAAGGUGGUCCUGGCGAGAUGGUCCGAAAUGGUGCAGGCAUCAGUGGAUCGGAGGACAUUCUUUUCUCUUGCCGUGGCGAGGUUCUGGUCUCCAAGUUCGGUCGAUCUAGCAAACCUGCUCCGCGCAUACUUGUCUUGACGAAUCGCCAUAUCUACAUCAUUGCGCAAAACAUUCUCAACAACCAGCUCGUCAUCUCCUCUGAAAGAACGAUUCCCAUUGGGGCCAUUAAGGCUAUCAGCGCGUCUAACUUGAAGGAUGAUUGGUUCUCGAUCGUGGUUGGCAGUGCGCAAGAGCCCGAUCCUCUUCUCAGCUGCGUGUUCAAAACGGAACUCUUCACUCACUUGAACAACGCGCUUCGUGGCCAGUUGAACCUGAAGAUUGCCGACCACAUUGAAUAUAGCAAGAAGCCCGGCAAAAUGGCCACCGUCAAGGUUGUCAAGGAUCCGGCCGUCACCGGAGACGACACCUACAAGAGUAGUACUAUCCAUACCGGUGCUGGUGAACCCGCUAGCUCGGUGUCCAAGCCCACACCCCGACCGAAACCAGUCAGCGCACGUCCUGUCACGAAAGGCAAGUUGCUCCGGCCAGGUGGACCUGGAGGAGGGCCAUCGAAACUGGCAUCCAGACCUACUCCGGCAGCUCAGCCUUUGCCCCGAGCUACCCCCCAGCCAGCAGCGGCUCAACCGGCCGCCCCUCAGCCAGCCGCGCGGGUUGUGCCCCAGCCUGUUGCGGCUGUUGCAGCUUCCCACGCUCGCACGGGCUCAACAGCCUCUGUGCGAGCGCCUCCGCCUCCCCCUCCUGCGGCUGCUCCUGCGCCGAAGAAACCAACUGCAAAGGCUCUGUACGAUUUCAACAGCCAACAGCCCAACGAACUGUCUAUCAAGGCUGGCGAGAUUGUACAGAUUGUGUCUAAGGAAGGGAACGGUUGGUGGCUGUGCAUGAAUAUGGCGACCUCCUCCCAAGGCUGGACACCCGAAGCCUAUCUCGAGGAGCAAGUUGCGCCCGCACCUAAACCCACUCCUCCCCCUCCGCCACCAGCGGCUCCUCGAUCCACCCCAACACCGGUCAACGGAGCUGCGGCUGCUGCAAAGGCCAAGCCAGCACCUCCCGCACCACCAGCAAAGCGACCUAACAUGGCGGGACGCAAGGCUGUUCCGGCCCCGCCACCGGCUCCUCGCGAUAGCGCGGUGAGCAUGAACUCGCACGACUCAUCCGGAGGAAGCGGGCGUGGAACACCGAACAGCGCAUCCAAUGCCAGCUUAGCUGGUGGACUUGCGGAGGCACUGAGAGCGCGACAACAUGCGAUGCAGGGGAAGAAUGACGACGAUGACGAUUGGUGA